UAACGGUACGGAGGAGGGAGUGCAUAAAUAAAAACCCUACCCGCAAAGCCCCGCCGUCGUCUUCGUCCCUCCGUCCAUCGUUCUUGUUUGCCGACUUCGUCUUCAUCCAUCGUCCGGAAUCUUCUUCAUUUUCCUCAACCUCAUCUUUGUCUUCUUCAGAUUCGUGCAUAAACACGCAUAGACCGCCGGAAACAGGUGAAGGCCAACGCAGCUCCCAGACGUCAACUUCUGGUUAAAUUUCCGGGGCCACGAUAUCCUGCUGCCUCUGCUCUAUCUCUGAAGGCCGUGGGGUGGGAGACGAAUUGUGAAAAUUGGGUUUGGGUUAGGGAGAACAAGAAUUAGCCUAGACUUCCCCUUUCCCCGCCUAACACCGAGCACAGUGCGGGACCAGACUGGGACCAAGACGCCGGCAUUCAAGAAUGAAGCGGAAAUCCGGGUUAUUGAGAGACCACCCUCUCACCUUUUCUCCAUUUGGUAGAUUAAUGACUAUGAGUGCUGCUAGUAAAAGAACUAGACGAGAUAUUCAGGAACGCAGAGAUGAUCUUCCAUCAUCUUCUGCUAAUGGGUUUGCAAACCAUGAUAAUACUAAGGAAUCUGACUCUUCGGAUAAUGAAGAUUCUGAGGGAGUUGUUCAAGCAGAUUUUGUCUUUUUUGAUCCCAAACCUAGCGACUUCCAUGGCGUGAAGGUCCUUCUACAGUCAUAUCUUGAUAAAAAGCAGUGGGAUCUUAGCGGCUUUGUGGACUUGAUAUUGGGGCAGCCGACAGUUGGGACUGUGGUUAAGAUAGAGAAUGAUGAAGAUGAUGGAGUCUACUCUGUUGUUUCUGCUCUCAAUAUAGGAAGAUAUAAGGAUAACAAAUGUAUCGCCGAGCUGAAGGAUCACCUUAUUAAGGUGUGUCAUGACUCAAAUGUGAUCAAUAAGCUUCGGACUUUAUUAGAAGACCAGGCUCAUGAUGUUGGUCUUAUCGUCUCCAAGCGUGUUGUAAAUCUUCCCCCUCAGCUUUUGCCUCCGCUCUACGAUGGUCUCUUUGAUGAAGUAGAAUGGGCAACUGAAGAUGAGCCUACAGAGGAGCUCCGGAAUAGCUUCUGUUUCAAAUUUUAUCUUAUUAUUUGCACAAUUUACAAGCACAAGAAUGCAGAUCAGAUUAAAGGGUCGAAUAAAAAGGGAGAAGAGCCCAUAGUUUAUGCUAAACCUGAAGAUGAAAUUUUUCAUGAGCUUAGCUCAUGGUCCUUCAGCUUUCCGUUGAGUACGACGCAUGUCACACCUAAUGAGCUUAAGCAUUACCACUCAAUGGGUCUAGUGAUGGCCAUUGAAGCAAGCAAAAUAUCGUCAUUCAGAGAACAGUUGAAAUCGUUGAUAGAGGAAUGAUACUGGUAGAUUCACAGUACAUACAAUUUCCUGGAGUGAUCCAGAUGAUUUGUCUGAAUGAGAUAAGCUUAUGGGUUGUUGUUUUUGUAAGAUGAGGUUUCUUUUCAAGUUCGCAGUAUAUCUACACCCAUCACUUAGCCAGCCUCCACAAGUUUUUUGGGGCAAAUUGCUUUCCGUGUUAACUUUUGUAUUUGAACCCCAAAAACUUUUACUUGCCACUAAUCAUAUUGCUCGUGCUCGGCUUUCUUUCAACAAUUUUGGUAAUUAGAUGUAUCUCACUGUACGCAAAGAAGAACUCAUCCGUCAUUCCAGUAAUAUCUGUCAGGCCAAG